AUGUGGCUGCUGACAGCUCUCAUGCUGGCAGCUGGUUUCUCCUGUGGCUCUGCACAAGCCCUGCAGCAAAGUCCAGUGUCCAUCACCAAGCCUGAAAGCAAAACGAUGCUCAUCACCUGCCGCAUCUCCAUCUCCAGCUUUGACAGAGUCUUCAUUCACUGGUACCGCAGGAGGCCUGGGGCAGCUCCCAGGCACAUUGCCUACAUGGCAACCAGGCUGCUCCUUGAGAAUGAGUCCGAUGAGGGGAAAUUCAGCAUCGAGAAGGACCUCGCCAAGUCGCAGUGCACCCUGACAGUGGGCAGACUCACUGCACAAGACGCUGCUACCUACUACUGUGCCAGAUGGGAUGCACAGCAGCAGAGAGCCAUGGGGAACCUGCACAAAGACGCGCUCUGCUUCCUGAACGAGACGUUACAAUGCAGACAACUUGUGGGACCUUCCCUCUGCAUCUUUAUUCUAGGCACAUCCUAUGUGGGCUCUAAAACGGUUGCGUUUCUUGUACCCAUCACCUGCUGGCUGCGCAGGGCCACCACUGGGUGGCCGCCAGUGAGUCACAUCCUGCCCUCAGGCACAGCCCCUGUCCCUGCCACAGAGCUGGGGGCUUUCUCUGGGGCACAGCACGCAGGCACCACGAGAAGAAUGCUGCUGCUGCUGCUGCUGCCACUUCUGGCCCUGGCUGAAGCCUUGUUGCAUCCAUUCCCCUCCCCGUGGCAGCUCCACUUCCAGCAGCAGCAGCAGGCUGUCCUGCGUACACCUGCAGGCAGCAGGCUGGCAGUGCUUGCUGCCUUUUCUCUCCUUCUGAUACACGGACAUGCACAAGUGCUGCUGCAACAGAGUCCACCAUCUGUUACCAGAACGAGAUCCACAACUGUGAAUAUUGAGUGCCAAGCUGAGGGCAUAGAUGACUUCCAGGCUGCCUACAUCCACUGGUACCGACAACUGCCUGCCAGAGCUCCUGAAUGGCUCCUUUUUGUGACAGCAAAAUCACAAGUUUCAUAUGAUUCAGAAUCCUAUAAGGGCAAGUACUUCUCUUCCAAAAAAGGGAAUAACAUUUGCUAUCUGAGAGUUCUAAACAUACGUGAUGAUGAUGAAGGUACCUACUACUGUGCCUACUGGGAUUCUCACAGCAGGAGCAGCCUGCAGGCAGCCCUUACAGAAAGCUGGCUGCAACCUGAGCAGCACACUUUGAUACAACCUUCAAGGCGUCCCCACAGGCUUAAGCAGAGGAAGGAAUUCCAAGAUGAGUCCAUCAUUUCCUCUCCCUACCAGUAG